AUGUACACCCUUAGCUACGAAGACCGGUCCUUUACAUAUGGUGACCUGGCAACUGAGAAAAUUACUAUUGGAUCCUUCAAACUCAACAAGACAGUUAUUGGAUGUGGCCACAUGAACAGCGGCAGUUUCAGCGGAGCUACCUCAGGAAUUAUCGAACUCGACAGCGACGCUCUCUCUUUGCUCUCUCAAAUGAGCAAAAUCUUUGCCGUUAAACGACAGUUCUCGCAAAGUAAGCUUCGACAAAAAGGCCAUUGUUUCAGGGCGAAAAGUCAUUUCUACCUCUCUCAUGUUAAAAGAACCCGAUACCUUCAUUACCUAACUCUUGAAGCAAUGUCCGUUGCAAACAAGCGGUUUAAGGCCGCGAACGACAUGUCGGUCGCCGCAGAACAAGGAAAUAUCCUUAUGAAUUUCGGUACAACAUUGACAAUUCUGCCCUCGAAUUUGUACAAACGUGUCGCUUUGACAUUGGCGCGUGUUGUUAAAGUGAAGCGAGUGCAUGAUUCGACUGGGGUUUUGGAUCUCUGCUUCGUUGCGCGCAGCGUUGAUCAUUUGAAUAUCUCGGUCAUUACGACACAUUUUUCCGGCGACAACGACGUAAAAUUGUUAUCGUUGAAUAUAUUUGCAAUGGUGGCAAAAUAA